AUGGAGGGGGAGAAGGGCAAGAAAAUGAAAAUUAAGGCCAUGGAGUGGAGGAAACUAGCAGAAGAAGCCACUGGUCCACAUGCAAGAUGUAUUCAACUUCCAUUUCCAAGCCAUAUAAAGGCAAUGCUGAAUUUAGCAAAACUCCUGUACCAUAGAGGUUUUCAUAUAACCUCUGUCAACACAGAGUUCAUCUACAAGCACUGUCUUCAAUCUCCCGGACCCAAUUCUCUUGAUGGCUUGCCUGAUUUUCGAUUCGAAACAACCCCAGAUGGCCUUCCCAAAUGA